AUGGAGGCCCAGACCGCCACGCCGCAAACCGAGUGCGAAUGUGGCGUACACCCUUCUGUCUUCUACCUGCUGGCCACCUUGCUCCUUACCAGCUGCUCGACGGCGAUGCUGUGCGCAGCCAUCAUGACAGAGCAUUGGGAGCAUGUGGUGUGGGAGCACGCCGCAUUGGCUGCUCUCGCCAACGCUUCCAAUACGGCCCUGCAGUGGCUACUUGACGAGAAAGUCGCAAAGAUUGAAGACACAAGCAAUCGAAAGGGCGGGGGGACCUUUCUAGUGCCGAUGAACGGAGGCAUCUGGACGAUGUGCGUGUCUCUAGAAGAGGAAGAGGUGUCGAUAUUGUCCAGGGUCGGCUUCCCCUCGCAGCCAGUAUGCACAAAUUAUUUAGCAAACAGUGACGAUGAGGAGCCUCGAGCUGAUUGGCAACAUCGUAUGCAGAAUCUAUCCAUAUCAUGCGCCCUAGUCUGCCUGAUUGUGCUGGGCAGCGCCGCAUUGGUGGGCGCGUUCGGCAUUUGCAAGCAUCAGAUCAGCGCCGUACUUAUUACAGGCGUCAUGUAUCUAUUAGCCGGUUUGUUCGCCAUGUUCACUCUAAUGAUCAUCCACUUCAAGCGGGUGCAGCGUGUGUCAGCUCGUGGCAGCUCGCACGCGGACGGCACGGGCGACGGAGUAGUCGGUCCACGAGGACCUGCACUCUCACUCCUCUCCGCUAGAGAGUUCUCCACCGCGUGGUCUCUAGAACUUGGCUGGGGAGGAGUCGCCCUCGCCACCACCACCUCCCUCCUCUGGAUCCUCCUAUCCAAAAUCAUGAGGUACAACCCUAUCUCCGCUAUGCUCCUCUUAAUCUAA